AUGGCGAAUUCAAUUCACAAAGUUAGUGGCAUCGGGAGCAGCUCUAUGGUUCGAAAACUUGAAACAGAUGAAAUUGAUGCUGAAAUGUAUAUUCAGCCUGGAAAUCCCUAUUUUUUUGCGAAAUACUAUCAUUACAGACCCAAUGAAUUGCAUAUACCAAAAAAAGUUAUUAAGGAUUUCUGCCUCUGCUUCACAAAACAUGUCAACCUUAUAUGUUGCAACUGCAAGGAUAUAGAGAGCAAUGAAAUAGCAUCUUAUCAUGAGAAGUUGCCCGAAAUGACCACAAAACAUAGCAAAAAGAGAGGAGAAAUACGUACAUGGAAAAAUGGCCGAGUGUUUGUGCUGGGGUGGGAAAAUUUUUGGGCCAAGUACAAGAUUAAAGAAAGUGAUAGCUGCUUGUGUGAAAUUGUGUUGCAUCAAGAGAAAGCAAUAGAAAUGAUAAGGGUGCACCUUGUUAGGAAGGUUAGGAAUGAAUGA